AUGAAAUCAACUUUUACAAGGUCUGCAUAAAGAAAUCUUGAAGAAUAGCCUGUUAGUUUUUAAUUUAAAGCUUCUUCUUAAUUACAUGCUGCACUUCUUUCUGAGUAUAAAAGACCUGAAAAUUCUUCAAUGCCUAAAGUUACACUUAGUUCUACAGGAAAAGAAUCUGUAAGAUAAGCAAGACUUGAAAAAGAGAUUUAAAAGUUUGAAUAUACAUUAUAAUCUGAAGUUGCCUCCCUUCCAAAACAUCCUGCACCUAUUUAUAGAGAAUAAACAAAAGUAAGUUAUCAAAUUAUAAUAUUAAGUUACUUAUUGAAAGAUAAAAGGAUAAUAGAAGAGAAAAGCAUCUUAAAUUUUGUGAUGAAUUUGAAAAAUGGGUCAAUAGACUUAAUAAAAAUUUAGACGAAGCUUAUAAAGAUAUUAAAAGAGAUAUUACAGAUUUCUUUUCUGAAUCAGAUUAAUAAAUUACUAACUAUUAUCAAACACUUACUGAUGAAGCCUUACUUAAAAGAGAAAUUGAAUUUGUAGAAAGUAUCCAUUCAACUGUUAAUUCACAUAGAGAAAAAAGAGAAAUUAAAGUUAAUACUCUUGAUAAAAGACUUGAAGAUUUAGAAAAAGAAAGAUUUAGAUCCUUAGAACUAUUUUGCAAUAGAUAUUAAGAAGGACUUAUUGAUGUGGCAUUCCAAUUAGAACCUGAAAUUACUGCGCAUGUGGAUGUAUCACCUCUUAUUAUACGUUCAGACUUUUAGAGAAGAGUUUCGAAAAAUUGUGGCAGACAAGAGAGCAGAGAAUUAAGUUUAUGUUCAAGAAGUUAAUCGAUAACAUUAAGAGACAUUCAAAUUGUAUGAUGAUACACAAAUUUAAAAAGAACAACGAUGGAGAGAUUUAAAACAUUAAAAUUAUGUUGAAGAAUUCAAUCUUGAUAUUUCUAAAUUAUAAUAUGUAUAUCCUGAUGAAAGAACCUAAUUAUAUCAUUAAUUUAGGAAAACAUAAAAAGAUAUUUUUAGAGAAAGAAAAUAAUUAUUAGAAAAACUCAACGCUAUUGAAUUAUCUGCAUUAACUAAAACUAUUGUAGAAAAAUGGAUAGAUGAAACCAAAUCAUAUAAUGAAUUGGCAUCCUAAACUAUUGACAAUUGUUGCAAUAAUUUAUUAGAAGAAACUAAAAAAACACAUCAGUAUUGCAUGUAAAGAUAUGAAUUGAUUAAAUAAUAAUUGUUUUAUGCUAAAGCUAAAACUGAAGAAGAAUUAACAUAAAUAUUAGAAGAAGAUUUUCUACAAUAAGUAAAUGGUCUUAAUUAAUCUGCAAGGGAUUUAAUGAAAUAAGCAAUUGAUUACUAUGAAAGGAUUGAUUAAUAAUAAACUGAUAUAAUGAGUAAUUUUGGAUAAUUCUUUAUGAAAAUAGCAACAAAGAAUGAUGAAUACAAAACAGAGUUGUAAUUAUUACAUCACAAUUAUGAAAUUCAGAAAGCAUAAGCAGCAGAUAAAAAUGAUGAAGUUUUAGAGGAGUUAACUAAAAAGUUGAAAGAAGAUAAAUAGAAAUUAACAGAGGCAUUACAUCAUCCACGUUUAGAAGAAUGUUUAGGAUAAUGUAAUAAGGAUUUGGAUUAAUUUGGUGAAGAAUAUGAAAGAUUUCAUUAGGAUAAUAUAGGGAUUGCAAAUUAACAUCCUAAUAUAAUUAGAAAUAAGCAUUAAAUAUUUGAGAAAUAGGCUUUAACAAUAUUUGAAUUAGUUGAUCCUUAAAAAGAAUCAUUUUUAUAGGAAAAAUAUAGAAGAAUAGCUGAAACUAAAAUUAAAUAUCUAAUAGCAAAGGAGGAAUACAAUAAGAAAAUAGAAGAAGAAAAGUUAAUUGAAGAAGCUAAAAAUAAGAAAGGUGGAAAACCUCCUGCUAUUAAACCAAAAGAUCCUAAAAAGUAAUUAUAUAAAAAUAUUUCUUAGAUUUUAAUAAGAAUUAGAAGAUAGAAUGAAAUAAUUAUUAAAAGAAUAACCUCCUUAAGAAGUAGUUAAAUAUAAUAGCCCACUUGAUUAAUAAUUUGUGCAAUUUAGAUCUACUAUAGAUAUAGCAGAACGUAUGUAUAUACCUCCUGAUGAAUUGGAAUAAGUAUUAGCUAAAGAAAAGUUAGAAACUGAUGAAAUUGAAUAGUAUAUAUAGUAAUAGAAUGCACCAAAAGAUCCAAAAGCUAAACCUGCAGCACCACCUCCAAUUGAAUUACCUAAUUAUAUUCCAGAAGAAGAUGUUCCUAAGAAAUCAGUAGAUUUUGCAGAAUAACCUCCUAUAAAUGUUUUAAAUUAAGCUGUUUUAGAGAAGGAUGCAAUAAUAACAAUUGAAUAUUUGUCAUCAUUAUUAAGUUAAACCUAACAAAAAUUGUUUGAUUAUAUAACAAGUUGUUUAAAUUUUUAAAAUUAAUAAGCAAAAGAAAGUGAUGAAGAAUUUAUAAAAUAAUCUGAAAAUUAGAAAAAUGAAAAAUAGAAAUAAAUAGAACCUUAAAAAUAAGAAAUAAAGAAUACUAUAUAUGUAUUAAGGAGUUAAUAAAUUACUACGCAUAAAAAAAGGUGAUCAUAAUUAAUAUUAUAUAGAUAUGAACGAUAUGCAAAAUAAUUAGUUGAGAGAAUUGAUGAUUAAACAGAAUAAAUUAAUUUUAUUUUGGAAGGAGGAUUAUUAGAUAUGAAAGAUUAUAUUUAAGAAUAAUAAGCAUUAAAAAACAAUUUACAAUCAGCUACAACAUUAGCUAAAUUAUAAGGAAUUUAAAAUACAGUAAAAGAGAAUUAUUUUAAAUUUGGUGAAAGUAAUCUAUUUAAUUUAAUUUAGAAAUAAAUGAUUUAGAAUAGAAAUUAAAUUUUUUAGCAAAUCAAGAAUUAGAUGUAUUGUUGUAGAAAAAUAAAGAUUUUAUGAGAGAUUGCAAACCUAAUGAAUAUUUUAAAGAAGAAUUAGAAUGGUAUUAAUAAUUGAUGGAUGAACAUAAUAAUACUAUUUAAAAACAUAAAGAAAAAAGAACAUAAAGAUUAGAAGAAAUAAAAAAAGUAUUAACAGCUAAAAAAUAAGAAUAACUUGAUAAAUUUGAAUAAGAAUAUAUUAUAGCAGUAGAGGAUUUAGCAGCUAAAGAUGGAACUGGUAAAAAAUAUGGUAGACCUAAAAGAAUAGCUUAAGAAAAAUUAAGAACAGAAAUGACUAAAUGUGAAAAAGCAUAAGAAUGUAUUAAUCUUAAAAUUUAAGAAUUAAAAAAUAAUUAUGAAUUAUUUAAAUCAAGAUAAGGUGAUUACUUUUCAAAUCUUGAACCAUCAUUUUCUAUUAAAAUUAGAAAAAUAUUAAGUGGAACUUUAAUUUGUAUAAAAAGAUAUGCAAAUCAUAUUGAAGCACUCAAACCAGAUAAUAAAGUUGUUGAUAUGCCAAGAACUACUUGGAAAGAAAAUAAGUUUGAUACUAUUCUAGAAAAUGAUGAAUAAUUAGAAGAUAAAAAAUUAAUUGAAAAUGAUUUAGAAAGUAUGGGACCAUUAUUUUAUACAGAAAAAAAACUAUAAGAAAGUUUAGUAGAAAUUGAAAAAAUUAUUAAAGAUGAAGCAAUUAAGAUUUAUGCUGAUAAACAAAAAUUUUUAACUGGAACUGAUAAAAUUCCAGAUUAUCUAAGAGCAUACAUUGAAAACAUGUAAAGGAAUAUGAAUGAAUUCAGGAUUUAAUCAAUUAGAGAAUUAAGAAAUGCUUGUGAGGAAUUAUCAGAAAUGUCACCAAAAAUAAGUGAGAUGAUUUUAUUAUCUAAUCAUUAAAGAUGGAUUUUUACAUUAUAAUUGAUAAAUUGUAAUUUAUGGGAUGAACUAUAAAAGGAAUAGAAUAAAUAAGAAAAUCUAAAAAAAUUGCAUUAAAAAUAAUUAAGGCCAAAUCUUGGUAAUCCAUAAUUGAAAGAAGAAUUAGAUGAUUUAAAAUAGAGAGAAUAAAAAAGACUAUCUGAUUUUUUGGAAUUAUUAUCAAAAUAUUAAGUAAGUUUAUUUGAUGAGAAUUUUAAUUAAGGAGAUAAAUUUUUAAAAGCUUCAAAUUAAAAUUUCGAAUUUCUCUUGCUUUUUUAUGAUUCAUUGUUAUUAUUUGAAGAUUUUAUAAAAUUACCAGGGGAUGAAUAAAUAUAGAAAAAACAUUAAAAUUUAAAAGUUUCAUUGAGAUAGAAGUAGAGUGGAUAAAUAAUAGAUACAAAUUCAGAAAGAUCUUUGAGUAAGACUUGGGAAGGAAUAUAAUUAGAAAUGUUUACAAUAGGAGAUAGAAUAAUUUAAUAUAAUUGGCAAAUAAAUUAAGUUGUAAAAAUAGAUCCAAAAGAUGCAAAAAAUAAAGCACCAGAAGCAAAGAAACCAGGAGGAGGAGGUGGAAAAUAAUAGGAAUUAGAUAAAGUAAUUUAAACUACUACAACGUAUAUAAUUUAGAUUAAUUAAUUAGACCAUUAAAAUCAUUCAAAACAUUUCGUUAAAUAUCAGCAAAACAUGAAUUCUUUAAAUCAAUUAACGAUUUUGUGAAUGAAUACAAAAAAUAAGUAGAUUUUGCAAAAGAUUAAAUAAAAUUAUUUAGUGAAAGAGAAUUAAAGUUCUAAUUCAAAUGGGAAUAAAGCAUUGCUUCUUUGUGA